AUGAGUGUAAAUACAAGAGUCUACUCAGUAGCGAGAGUUUAUGCUGAUGCCAAUAGUACUAGACCGGCUGAAUAUUGGGAUUAUGAAACUCAUAAAAUAGAAUGGGGUCAAAUUAAGAACUACGAAAUUAUCAGUAAAAUAGGUAGAGGUAAAUACUCAGAAGUCUUUCAAGGAAUCAAUAUUUACAAUGACGAACCAUGCGUUAUAAAAGUAUUAAAGCCGGUAAAGAUGAAGAAGAUAUAUCGUGAAGUUAAAAUUUUAAAAAAUUUGACGGGGGGCCCUAAUGUUAUAGGAUUGCUUGAUAUUGUCAGAGAUGAACUGUCAAAGAUACCGGCAUUAAUUUUUGAAAAAGUGAAUAACGUUGAUUUCCGUGUCUUGUACCCUAAAUUUACGAUAUCUGACAUCCAGUAUUAUUUCACACAACUCUUGAUAGCUUUGGACUAUUCACAUUCGAUGGGUAUAAUCCAUCGUGAUGUAAAACCACAAAACAUCAUGAUUGAUCCCUUAACCAAGAAAUUAAGAUUAAUCGACUGGGGUUUAGCGGAAUUCUACCAUUCGGGUAUGGACUACAACGUAAGAGUUGCGUCAAGAUACCACAAAGGACCAGAACUAUUGGUCAACUUACAGCAAUACGAUUAUUCUUUAGACUUGUGGUCUGUUGGCUGUAUGCUCGCUGCAAUAAUCUUUAAGAAGGAGCCAUUUUUCAGAGGCGAUUCUAAUAACGACCAACUAGUGCAAAUAGCAAAAGUCUUGGGUACAAAGGAUCUAUUGAACUACGUUAAUAAAUACGGCAUAAAAUUGAGUGACGAAUAUGACAACAUUCUAGGUAACUAUCCUAGAAAGCCAUGGACCCAAUUCAUCAAUUCUGAAAACCAACAUUUAAUAUCCGAAGAAGUAGUUGAUUUUAUUGAUAAAUUGUUAACCUACGAUCACCAAUUAAGGCCUACUGCUAAGGAGGCUAUGGACCAUCCUUUUUUCAAGUUGAAGACUUAA